ACUUCAUUCACUUCACUCUCAAAUCAUUCGGCUCCUUCACAUUCGAUUCAGCGCGAAGCCUUUUGCUCUCUUUGGCUGUCGUUAGACUGUAGGUUGCGCUUAACCACACCCCGCUGUCGAAGCCCAGAGCCCUCGGGAUAUUUUUAGCUCUGAUGAUGUCCGCUGUCAUCUAACGGAAAGAUCAUCCCGGAAUCACAGAGCGAAUCUGCACGGUGUCUGCGCGCGCUCGCUUGAGUCGCUUUAUCUAACAUGAGGGCUCAAAGCGCUUUUAUUAUAUGGACUGCGAUGGUUCUGCAUUCGUCUGUCAUCAGAGGUCAGACCACGGACUCAUCCCCAGACGUGAGAUCCCCUCUGAAUGAAGUCACCCCGAAAGAUCGCAUGACUUCAGAAAGUGACAUUUUGGAAUCACGAGCCAGUACAGCCUAUCAAAGCGUCUCCUCUCCUUCAACAAAUUUGUCAACUGACGAGGUCAGACCUACUGUUCCUUCUCCAUCACAGUCAUCCAGAGACACUGUAGUGCACAAUGACACCUCUCCUUCAUCAGCCAUCUCACAGACCCCGGAGCUACAAGAUGUCACCACCCUCAACAUGGACACAGCCUCAGUACCAGGUUCUUCUGCUAGCAGCCCGUCAAUUUCUUUUUUGAAGAGCACCGUUUCAGAUUCAGUAGCCACCACAGCUCCUGCAACAUCCAUCAGUCCAAGUGAAGGACCUCAGACUGUCUCUUCUUCAGCCAGCAGUGUGAUCCAGACAACACAAACAGCUCCACCAUUCAUCACCACCUGCCCUCAGGCAUCUCAGAUCGCCCUGACCAGCAGUUCAAAGGUCACUGGACCUGCUCCUUUGGAAGACCAGGAUGAAUCUUCUGAACUGGAUGUGGGGGAUCAAGAAUCAGGGAAGGUUCCCCACCGCCCUACAUCGCCCCUGGACCCCCUUCUCGCUGCUCUGGUCACCGUUUUCAUUAUUUGCACUGCCAUGGUCUCAGCCGUCCUCUUCCUCAGGUUCCGUCAGCGGAGUGAGCAUCCAGAAUUCCACCGGCUUCAAGACCUUCCUAUGGAUGAUCUUCUAGAAGACACGCCUUUGUCAAGAUACACCUAUUAGCAAUCAGGGCUGCACGAUUA